ACCUUCGUUUGGAAUGGACCUCGUCGUUUCUUUCUGUUUGCUCAGGGCCCCGUCCCAGCAUCGACUUUUCGUAAGGCACACUCCUCUGAAGACAACUGAACUUCUUUGUCUUGUCUCCAGCUGUGGAAAUGCCGGUAGUUGGCGUAGCUAGCACCUCAAGCUUUGAGCCCAUUAACUCGUCAUCGUACCAAAACCAAUCUCGAGACUCCGACUCCUUUAGUGCUCUUUCUCUCAAUAAUUACAACACCUGCAACAGCGGCCGAAGAAGCUGGAUAGAUAUGGUGCGGGAAGUACUGUCGAUUGAUUACACGCCGGCUCAAACAGAUGAUCUCGAUGCAUUGGGAGACCUUGAAGAGCUACAGGAAACCUCGCUAACGAGCCGAGAGGCAUCCAAGACUAUUCAUCAGCGGAGACCCGUGGGGGUCGCCAUUCUGAUUUUUCUGGCUAUCACUGCGGUGGGACUUGUGGUAAAGACGAAGAGGGUGUCACCAUACGGUGGGUCGGGAGGCUCAGUGGUGGAUAAUCAGAGCAGCUCCGUCGUCAAUAGAUUUUGCGAUGAUCCGGUUCAAGCGCUGAAGCCAACAGCCAGCAUCGAGGGUCUAAAGCAUGGUGCCGUCGCAGCCGACCACCCAGUUUGUUCGAAAAUUGGGACGUCAAUCAUGAGAGACGAUGGUGGUAACGCAGUUGACGCGGCUGUUGCUGUCGCCUUGUGUCUAGGCGUCGCCAAUCCAGCCUCUUCAGGAAUUGGUGGUGGCGCCUUUCUCUUAGUCCAUCAUGAUCCAGUCGACGAGUCCGAGCGCGUUAUCGAUUGUAGGGAAGUAGCCCCAGCCGCUGCCGAUACCGACAUGUUUUUGGAUCAUUCCGACCCGAAGGCAUCCACAGUCGGAGGACUCGCGAUUGCUGUUCCGGCUGAGUUGCGGGGUUUGGAACUCGCCCACAGUCGACACGGAAAGCUACAGUGGGCUCAAGUCGUGGAGCCCGCAAUGCUGCUCGCGGUGAACGGCAUCACAGUGAACGCUAACCUAGCACACGAAAUUAAUAUCAUGGCGAGCGUUGUGCCAGAUUUUGGCCUGCGGGACCUGCUAACGCAUGAUGGAAACUGGGAGAAUCCGUAUAAGGAGGGAGAGCUGCUAAAGAAUCCCAAACUGGGAGAGACACUUCGAGCAGUAAUGGCGCAAGGGUCAGAUGCGCUCUAUAGCGGAACAAGAGCUGCACAAUUGGCCAAGGAUAUUCAGGAAGCUGGUGGAAUUAUUACCAAAGAGGACAUCGAAAAGUUUCGCGCAACUCUUCGUUCUCCUGUUGUUGCCAGAGACAUCAACGGUUUCAGUGUAGUUGGCGUCCCCCCACCAAGUUCGGGAGGUGCUGUUAUUAUUGGUGCCCUGCGGUUUCUGGCUGGUUACGCCAGUCCAUUGGCCGCGUUUAGUGACACUCUAUCACGGCAUCGCUUCGUUGAGGCAUGCAAACACGUCUUCGCAAUACGCAUGUCUAUGAGCGAUCCCUCUUUUAAUCCGGCCUCUGCAUUGGAUACAGUAGAAGAUCUCACGAAAGGGGGCUUUAUGGAAUCAUUGCGACUGUCCACUCGAGACAACAGCACCCUUCCCUUUCGGCGAUUGGCUCGGCCGUUUGGCUACUUAAACGAUCACGGGACCACACAUUUCAGCGUUGUAGACAAGGACGGCAACGCCGUUUCGAUGACUUCUUCUGUCAAUACCUACUUUGGUAGCCACGUGGUAAGCCCUUCGUCAGGCAUCGUUCUCAACAACCAAAUGGAUGACUUUGCUACCCCAGGAAAGCGCAAUUACUUUGGUUUGAAGCCUUCGGAGGAGAACUACAUAAAACCCUUCAAAAAGCCUUUGUCAUCCAUGAGCCCAACGAUGGUCUUUCGAACGACUGACAGUGAAAGCUCUUCAAAUACCGUCGGGGAUUUAAUUCUCAUAAUUGGCGCUUCUGGUGGACCCAAAAUCAUAACUGCUGUGUUGCAGGUGAUUAUCAAUCACCUCAUGAUGGGCAUGCCUUUAUUCGACUCCAUGGCGUAUCCUCGUUUGCAUGAUCAACUCAUUUAUCACGGAUCAGCGGUGACCACGACGGAACGAGCAGUACUGCUCCAAGGACCCACUUUGAUGGUGGCCGGAAGGACCAAGGAUGCGCUGGUGCGCCGUGGCCACGCUCUUUUGGACGUGGACUACGCUGGUACAGUGCAAGCCAUUUCCAUUGACCUGGAAACGAACGAAUUGUCGGCUGUUUGUGAUUUACGCAAAGGUGGCAGGCCCGAUGGUUACUGA